AUGGACAGACGCUUUGGACAGGUGCCGCUCACCGUUACGCACAGACACGGCGGGGUGAACCAACUUGGCGGGGUCUUCAUUAACGGGCGCCCGUUACCGCACCUGGUGAGACAGCGCAUCGUGGAGCUCGCCCAACGGGGUGUGCGUCCCUGUGAGAUCUCCCGCCGCCUGCGCGUCAGUCACGGCUGUGUCAGCAAAAUACUAGUCAGGUACAAUGAGACAGGAAGCAUCAUACCAGGAAUGAUUGGAGGCUCAAAGCCCAAAGUGGCCACUCCAAGAGUUGUACAAAUGAUCCUGCAUCUGAAACACUCCAACCCCACCAUGUUCGCCUGGGAGAUCCGAGACAGGCUGCUGCUGGAGCGAGUGUGCGACCACGACAGCGUGCCCAGCAUCAGCUCCAUCAACAGGAUCAUCAGAAACAAAGUCCAGCCCGAGUCUUGUGAAGUUGUGUCAUCAGCAUCAUCUGUUGCCAUGGGAACAGCAUAUUCCUCUGAGUCCACCUAUUCCAUCAGUGGAAUUCUGGGAAUCAGGAAAUGCAGCAGCAAACUGAAUAUGGAAGGUGGGGUCGUCUCCUGCAGCGUCUACCACGAGCAGCCAUGUUCCUGUAAUGACGCCUGGGGAUUGUCCGACCCCUGCCUGAACUCUAUCUCCAGCCUGACCUUUUACCCAAGCCUGCCAGCCAAUCAUAAUCCAGACCUUAUAGGGCCUCUGUGUCAAUACAGCUGACCGAGGCGUCAAAGAAGAAAGAAUAUAAUUAUGUUAAUGCAAAAAACAAGAACAUUUCAAAACUGAAUUGAUUGAAAUUGUAAUUAUUACAAGACUGACAUCAAAAGAGAAACAUAAAUCACAAUUACAAACAUGUUUAAAUAAAACUAA